GUCUAGUUUUUUGAAGUUGAGAAAUCAAUUAAUAAAGGCACCAUGUUCAGGUUUGGGUUCAUUUACCAUUUGGCUUCAUUCACUUUUACCUUCAAGGAUUUCCCUAGUCUGUUCUUUACUAAAUCCUGCUGCUAAUCAGUCUUCUUUAUAUUUAGGAGCAAAAUCCUCAUGA